AUGAACAGUGGACAGUGCAUUUUCUGCGGUGAUAACCACAAGUCAAUGUCCUACCAAAAAUACACCACGUCGGAAGAGAGACGCGCAAUUUUUCGUGAGCUCAACAAAUGCCUCAAUGCUAAUCAAAAACACUUUGUCAAAGACUGCCCGAAAGAAGGGUGCAGACUAUGCAACGGGAAAAAGCAUCACCAUACGCUCUGCCCACAACGUAUUUCAAACGGGCGAAACCAACCAGUGAAGGAAAAAGCAGACCCCGAAUUGGUGCAAUCAGAAACACCUACUACAUACCAGAACACAUCAAAAACUCCGAACAAAGCGCCACAAAAGAAAUUGAAAUCAACACAAGCGCAUUUGCUUGAAACAGCUUGCGGUGCUUGUGAAACAGCUACGGUUUGCGAAGAAGAGAACAGUUCAAAAACUGUCCUUUCUACUAUGAAAAAAGAAAACGCUCCUAGAAAUGCAAGUCAAGAAAACCGGAAGGCGGGAAAUAGGGUCCUUUUACUCACAGGAGUCGCGCGAGUGAGGGACUCGAAUCGGAAUGCCUGGAAAGACGUUGAAGUCUUACUGGACACAGGCGCUGAUCAAUCCUUUAUUAGCCAAGGGCUUGCCAAAGGACUUGGACUUGUAUGUAAUGGCCAAAAGAGCUUCAAGGUGUACACCAUUGGUACGGAAACACCCAGGGAAAUCACUUGUGGAGAAGCAUGGUUAGACCUGUGA